CCUUUCCACAUCUAUUUUCUAAGAUUUUUCUGUAAUAUCUUACGCUUUAAUUUAAUGACCUGCUAGCUUCUAAACUUUUCCCAGAACUGAAAGGUGGAAAGUGCAACACGACAGCCAUGGUGGACCCGAAAGGAAGGACUCCCUAGACCUUAUAGAAAAUUGGUCCAAUAAGCCGAUGCUACUUCAGGGAAAUUCAUUUAAGUCAAUUAUUGACCUAGCCACUUAAAUCCCGGUCAUCUCCAUUGGCCGCUCUUUUGCUUUUCUCACCCCACCGUUAAUUAUUGAUAGUCAAGUCAAGACAGCAAGUCUUUUAGCAGAAACAAAGAAGAGCAAUGCCAAUUUCCUGGUAGUUUCACGCAUCACCGCUCUUCAUAUUUACAGUGCGAGGCGCAAAUCUCAGUAAAAUCUUCAGCAAAUUAAACAGAACAGCAAAAACACAAUGCCCAGAAAGUCGGAUUCUCGCUGCAGCCAAUCUGCCAGGAUUGGUAGUUCUUCUUAUCAUGUAGUGAAUGUCGAAAUGACCAAUGGUAGUAGCACAGGAUCAGCCGACGGGAUAGGUUUUUCCAUCUUUAGAGUGCCUCAAAGCCUGUCCGAGACAAAUCAGAUGGCAUACCAACCUAACACGGUCCCAAUCGGCCCCUACCACCACGGAAAGCCACAGUUUCAAAAGAUCCAAGAGCACAAGCGGAGAUUCUCUGUCGAUCUGCUCAAUCGAACGAGCCAAAGAAGGGACAAGCUAAAGCACUUCGUCGAGACUUUAAAGCCAAUGGAGGAGAAGAUAAGAAAGUGCUAUUCCGAGCCCUUAGCUUUCAACAAUGAUGAGCUCAUUGAGAUGAUGGUACUUGAUGGUUGCUUCAUCAUUGAGCUGUUCUGCAAGUACUCCUGUAAAAAGGUAGGCUACACCGAUCCGGGGCAUGACCCCUUAUUGUCCGAGCCCUGGGUGUUGCCUUUCCUCAUGCGGGAUCUAGCCAAACUUGAGAACCAGAUUCCUUGGUUCGUCCUUGAAAGUCUGUUCGAUCUGACACUAGGGUCCCGGAAUGAGAGCCAUCCUUCUCUAUCCGAUCUCGCCUUGAGUUUCUUCAACCGCAUGGUUCAAAGACCAGACGAUGUCUUGAAGAAGUACUCCAAUUGGGAAGGAGAACAUCUGCUCAAUUUCCUCCGUUUGACUUACAACCCGGAUUCCCCAGAAACAAGACGGAGACCAAAUAAGUUUCUCCGCCUGAUCCAGCCCGCAAAUAAGCUCCGCCAGGCAGGCAUCAAGUUCAAGCCGGCCAAUUGCGAAAGCUUCAUGGACAUAAAAUUCAGCAACGGUGUCCUGGAAAUUCCAGUACUAAAAUUCGAUGACUUCAUGAGUUGUCUGUUCCUCAAUUUCGUGGCAUUUGAGCAGUGCCACAGGGGCUCCUCCAAGCACGUCACAGCUUAUGCCACUUUCAUGGCUUGCCUCCUUAACACACCGGCAGAUGCCGGGUUACUGUGUGACCGUAAGAUCAUUGAGAGAUACUUUGGGACGGAUGAGAAAAUUGCCCAUUUCUUCAGCAACAUCGGUAAAGAUGUCGUGUUUGACAUCCACAAGAACUAUUUAUGCAAGGUGUUCCAAGAUGUGAACACCUAUAAUGAGAAGGACUGGCGGGUGCAGUGGGCCAGCUUUAAGAACACCUACUUCAACACGCGGUGGUCUCUCAUAUCAGCUGUAGCCGCAUUCAUACUUCUUGCUCUUGCUACAAUUCAGUCUUUCUUUGCUGUGUAUGCUUAUUACAGACCUCCUCAUUCCAAUCUCUAUCCCAGUCCCAAUCCUCAGUGAUGUUUAAUGUAUGAUCUACAUCUGCUACUCAUAGUUGUUGUUCAUUAGUCCAUUUUUCCAACCUCCUUCAUGAUUUGAAUCAUUAGUGAUGUUAACCCUACAUAUUCAUUUUGUACAAGAUGUUUAAGGGGUGAAACUGAGUUUUGGCUUCCAGUGAAUGACAUGCUGCUUAUAAUUCUUAGAGGUUAUGAGACUAAAAUGAGUUGCAGCUCAAUAACAUACUAAUAG